AUGGUCUCGUGGAAAAUUCAUGCAUAUUACAACAAGCCACUUGAUGGAGCAGAGAACGUCUUGGGCGGGGCUGGUGAGGAAGCUAGCGGCAUCAACGCCCACAUGGCUGUUGUCAGCGUCUCUGAUGCUGUCCGUCAUGGCUAUAAGGACAAGGUCAAGAUGAGCCAGGUCAAGGAGUGUGGUAGUGAUAAAAUUGACCUGGACGAGGAUGAUGAUGCUGCUGUUGGCGAGAGCAUUCGUUCCAAGGGCGAGGCUCCUGGCCGCUGCGGACCUAGUGCUCCGAGACUCCUGGAGCCCCCCGGCAAAGGUCGUAUUGAUAGGCGGUCCAGCUCCGGCCGAGACAAUGGUUGCGGCGAUGGUGGCUGUCGAGAUCUUGCAUGUGGCCCCAAACUGCACAUGUUACGCUUUCUUUUUCUCUACAGAUUGGUGGAGGCUGGAGAUACUCAAAAGCUCAGAUAG